UCUCCUUUCAUUUUUGUUGCAAUAAGUAUACAACAAUUUUGUGUUUCAUUCUCAUUUAUCAAUUCCAUGUCAUUCUAAUAAGGCUAUAUUUUAGAAUUUUUUUUCAAGUAAUUGUAUGAUAUUAGCAUUUUUCUAUACACUGUGGUCCUUCAUAGUUAUAUUUGUCAAAUAGAUUGAUAUAUUUUAUUUAAGAGUAUUAAUUGAUAUGUAGGUGAAUCAAUUGAUUAGACAUCCAAGAGUUUAAUAGAAGACUGAAAUUAUAAUUGGGAAGGUGGAAAAUUUUCAUUUAUAUGAAUAUGGUGUUACAGCUUUCAUAACCCCAUCAUUAUGAUAUUUAAUUUCUACAUAAUGUUUAUGAGUAAUGAAGGAAGAUUGAAAUGUAUAACCUAUGCAACUACAUAAAUGCAUGCAAGCUGGUAACCCACCAUUAUCCAUUAAUUUGUACAUAAUGUUUAUAAAUGAUGAAUAUAACUCCUAUGUAGCAUUUGAUGGGAAGACUAAGAGUUAUAAAUCUCUUUUAUAAGGUUAAGGUCCUAAGCUACACUCUCAUUUUUAUUCUUUUUAUUGUUUUACUCAUUACAAUAUACACCACACAAGUGACCUAUCCACUAUAUGAGAGUAGUGGGUUGAAGAUCUUGACCAAAACAAUUCGCAAGGUGACUCGAACUCACUCCAGAAGUGUUAUCAAUAUCAUGGAUUAGGGUAAUAAUAUAAUCAUUAUUUUAUCAUUUCUUUAGUGCUUAAAUCUAUUGUGUUUUAUACAUCCAAAAUUUAUUUUCCAAAAUAAUUAUUUUCGCAUAAAGUUUAGUUGACAUAAAAUUGAUGUUUAAAAGAUAUCCAUUCAAGAAAUCAACCCUAGGUAUGGUACCCAAUUUUUUCAUACAGAUAAUUUUUGUUUGACUAAUACAAAAUAGAGGAAAACUACUUAAAAAUCAAUCCUAUAGAAUUUAGUUUAGUUUUGAAACCCUUUUAACUUACUAUUUUUAAGAAUAGAAAACAUAAAUAUUUUCAAUUAAGUUUUAAAUUUUUAUAAAUAUCAGAUAAUCUUUAGUUUUAUUUUUUAUUUUUAAAAAAUAAAAGGUAAAAGAAAAGUAGUAGAAAAGAACUCUUAUUGGAUCAUGUAAUGUGCUUUAAUAAUACUCCUUGGUUUUUCAUGUUACACCAUGAGAUGCUUAAGAAACUCUUAUUAGAUCAGUGUUUACUCUUCCAAUAAUUUCUUACAUUACGAAUGGAUAAAGGUAAAUAACUGAUUUUAUUUUUAUGCCUCUAAAAAAUGAAAGUGGGCAUGGUAACUACUAAGCAUUUCAAUUAAGAAAUAAUGAAACAGUAACACAAAUAGGAGCAACAAAGUGUUAUGUUCAUUUAAGGCUUUGUGUCAUGAAAAUUUGUCAGUUUUGUUCAAUAUGUGGCUCCAACCCAUCCCUUGUCUGGUAUUGUAGUUGUAGUCAACCACUAUUAUUCUGUAAUAUCCUCUGAUACACCUCUAUGUAUACUAAUCCACACUCAUGCACAAAGAUGACCAUUUUCCAAUUUGAUUCCCUAUACUUAUGCAUACCUGUUUUUACUUGUGAAAUUUGAAAAUACUCUCCUCUUAAAAAGAUAUUUAGUUUAGUACAUUAGUCCUUUUCCUUGACUUCAGUUCUACUUUGAGGAAAUUUUGUAUAUUAGAAUAUCAAUCUUGUUGUUGCAUCUCAUUAGUUGGGUGCUUGGGAUGAUUAAGUUUUGUAGCUAGCAUCAAGUUUCCUGAAUAUGGUUUUGAAUCAAAAUUUAGUAACUGUAGGAUUUUGCCUCAUUUAUAGUUUAUAUGCUCAUUUUGAGGCCAACUUAGAUAAUGCAUGGACAUUCAUACAGAACUAUGGAGGUAAUGUAUCCCAGAAUUAUAAUUGUUUACUUCAUUUGCAUUUGCAUGUCUUCGUGGAAUCACAAAGACAUGGAAUUUAGGUACUUAUAUUUUGUUUUUUAUUUCAUUUUUUGGAGUUGUCAAUGAGUUUUGAACAUGUAACUGCAGUUGUGGAUAUGCUUAUUUCUAGGUUAUUUUGGAGUUGAUGUGGAAUCACAAGGACAUGGAACCAUAUGGAUGCUACAUGCAUUGGAUAGACUUGUCACUUCUCCUCUAUCUUUCAUGGCACUCAGGCAUGCUUUUUUGCACAGGAAGAGCUUAGGCACGGUGGAAGCACUCUCUUAUUAGUGGAAGUUGGAUGAACAUUUUUUUCUGCCAACUUGAGAACAUUCUGCAGACAGAUUUCUGCUACCUUCCUAAAUUUUGUUGUUGCUAUAAAACUGUGCUUCUGGUGUAAAUGCAAAUUUCUUGGCUGUCAAAUAGGCUUCACUGCUUUAAUUGUUCUAUGUUGAUCGAGUUUUGCUGCAGAGGACCAAAACAUUCUUCUUGUCACUUGAAGAAGCCCAUACAGAGUUAGCCCUGAUAAGGUAGGGAAAUUGGAGUUUUGAAUUGGGUUGCCAACUCUGUUACGCAACAUAAAAUCCUCACCUUGCUGAAUCUGCUAUACUUUUUUAGGUUGUUAAUAUGCCUUUCGUGUGGAUGCACAUUUACAGGAUGUGGAUGAGUGGAAAUCUUGGUCCUCAAAAGUGUUGCAAAUCACAAACACUUAGAGCUAAUCAAGUGUGAAGGAAAGCAGAAGAACCUAUACUCGUGUGAAGAGCUUAGCAAGGCAGGACACCAGUUCAUAUGUCAACUGAAAUGGCUAAUGUCAUUGCCAGUAUGGCAUGCUACCUCAUGUGUCUCCAACCUCUGCAGCUGUUGGAAGUGGAUGCAGACCUCUGAUCUUAUGGACAAGCUUUCUCUUCUGUUGACACCGCAACUAUUUGCAUGUCCAGUUCGUUAGUUUCUCUUCUGCUGAAACUCAUGCGAUCGGUGAGUCUCUCACAUCCUUUCCAUUUGGCUUUUUCACAAAUCGAGGGAUCUUUCCAUCAUGAGUUGUUCAAAUCUAGAGUCCCUUUCCAUUCCAAAUAAACCUCACCACGUGGAUCUCACAUCUCUCAAGAACAUUUUCAUCUUUCAUUUCCUUAAUCUGGUGUCUUUCCCACAAGGAGGACUGCCAACUCCCAACCUCGAAAGGCUUUGGAUCAUGAAUUGCCAGAAGCUUAAGUCACUGUCCCCACAGAUGUGCACCCUCCUUAAAUCUCUUGAAGAUUUGUCAGCUGUUAUAGGUCCAGAAAUUGAAUCGUCCAGAAGGGGGUUUGCCAACUACUCUAUCUCAACUUUCAAAUCGCAGGUUGCAGCAAACUUGUGCAGAGUUGGAUGGGGUGGGACUUGCAGACGCUUCCUUUUCUUAGACAAAUAGAAAUAGGAGUAGAUAAAGAAGAAAAGCCGGUGUCAUUUCCAGAUAAGUGGCUGCUCCCUCCCACUCUUACCAUUUGGGGAGGUGAAAAUCUGAAAUCCCUGGAUAACAAAGGGCGUCAACACCUCACUUGUCUUGAAACUCUCGCGAUUAGGUCCUGCUACAAGCUCAAGUACUUCCCAAAACAGGGGCUGCCCUCCUUCCUCUCGUCUUAAAAUUAGUAAAUGUCCUCUGCUGAGGAAGUGGUGCCAAAGAGAUAAAGGGAAAGACUGGUCCAAGAUUUCUCACAUCUUAUGUAUAGUGUUUGAAGAAUCUGAUGAGGCAGGUCGUCUCAGGCCAUUGGAUGUCAUCUUAUGAUAACCUUGCAUCGAAGCUCUUGCUUUUAUCUGCACUCAUUGCUGGCCACUUAUUCAUUCAGGAUUUCUGAUACAAAUUUUUAAACAAAAGCAUGGAGCGAAAGCAGUCAACUUCUAAACAGUUUGAGGUCACAUGGACUGCAAAAGUGUUCAUUUUGUGCAUAAUUUUAGAUGGACGAGUUCCCACCGACAAAUUACCAAUAGAAGAAUACAACAGUCAAUAUAUUGCUGUUUGAUUUCUGGAAGUGCAGUGAAACAGAGGGAACAAAUGGAAAACUUAUGAACUCAAUCAUCCAUUCACGAAUAUUACAAUUCGUGAAGUACUAGUAAUGGAGGGUUCGACAAAAUGUGUUCAUAGCUGCAGGGGUCCUGUUUUCGGUUAAGUGCUAGGAAUGGUCACAACGCCAAAUGCUCAUCUAUCAUUGGUUAUGUUGGAGUUUCAGCUAUUGUUGAGGACUGUACUUUGGUUGAGAAUUCUUAGUGACAACAUCAUGGACAUUCAUUCCAUGAUUUUGCUCCAAAGGAUUGCCUUUUAACUUACCACAGCAGCUAUUAAAGGACUGUAGCUUCACCAGUCAGCAGAAGGGUGAACAAGUAAUUAGACCCAUCUCAUAUAAUUAAGAGCAAGUUUUGAGAGUGCAGAGGCCUUCACAACUCUCUGGGUUUUCUUCAUUGUAUGUUUCUGAACUUCUGAAUCCUUCGUUUCCAAAGAAAAAUGGUUGUGGUGGAGGCGUUUCUGUCUUCCUUGUUUGAGGUGGUGCUGGACAAGCUGGUGGCUGCCCCUUUGUUAGAUUAUGCACGCCAGCUCAAAGUAGACACAGCAGUGCUCCAGGAGUGGAGGAACACUUUGUUGCAGCUCCAAGCAGUGCUACAUGAUGCUGAGCAGAGGCAGAUUCAGGACGAAGCAGUGAAGAGGUGGCUGGACGAUCUCAAAGCUUUAGCUUACGACAUUGAAGAUGUCCUUGACGAGUUUGAAGCUGAAGCUAAGCGGCCCAGUUCGGUACAAGGACCUCAAACCAGCAGCAGCAGCAGCAGCGGCAAGGUAUGGAAGUUCAACCUCUCUUUUCAUCCUAGCGGUGUGAUUUCCAAAAAGAAGAUUGGUCAAAAAAUAAAGAUAAUCACCCAAGAGCUAGAGGCUAUUGUAAAAAGAAAGUCUUUCCUUCGUUUGAGUGAGAGUGUUGGAGGGGUGGCAUCAGUAACUGAUCAACAAAGGCUGACUACUUUCUUGGUAGAUGAGGUUGAGGUUUAUGGCAGGGAUGGUGAUAAGGAGAAGAUCAUAGAAUUGUUGCUGUCUGAUGAACUAGCUACUGCUGAUAAAGUUCAGGUGAUUCCAAUUGUUGGUAUGGGUGGGGUUGGAAAAACAACCCUUGCUCAAAUCAUCUAUAACGAUGACAAGAUGCAGGACAAGUUCGAUUUCCGAGUCUGGGUGUGCGUGUCUGAUCAAUUCGAUUUGAUAGGAAUAACAAAAAAAAUUUUAGAGUCAGUCUCUGGCCAUUCAUCCCAUUCUGAAAACUUGUCAUUGCUGCAAGCUAGUUUGCAGAAAGAGUUGAAUGGAAAAAGGUUUUUCCUUGUGCUGGAUGAUAUAUGGAAUGAGAACCCCGAUAACUGGAGUACCUUACAAGCCCCACUCAAAGCUGGAGCACUGGGCAGUGUAAUCAUAGCAACCACCCGCAAUGAAAAAGUAGCAUCAAUUAUGGGCACAACUCCUUUUUGUCGUCUUAGCGAACUAUCAGAUGAACAUUGCUGGUCAGUAUUUGCAUAUCGUGCCUUCGAAAAUAUAACUCCAGAUGCAAUAAAAAAUUUGGAACCUAUUGGUCGGAAAAUAGUACAGAAAUGCAAAGGUUUGCCCUUGGCAGCAAAAACGCUAGGAGGUUUAUUGCGGUCUGAACAAGAUGAAAAGGCUUGGAAGGAAAUGAUGAAUAACAAAAUAUGGGAUUUACCAACGGAACAGUGUAACAUUUUUCCAGCUCUACACUUGAGCUAUCAUUAUCUCCCCACAAAAGUAAAGCAGUGUUUUGCAUAUUGCUCCAUCUUUCCCAAGGAUUAUGAAUAUCAAAAGGAGGAGUUAAUUUUGUUAUGGGCGGCACAAGGUUUUGUGGGUGACUUCAAAGGAGAGGAGAUGAUAGAAGAUGGUGAAAAAUGUUUUCGGAACCUAUUGUCAAGGUCAUUCUUUCAACAAUCAAGUCAAAAUAAGUCAUUGUUGGUGAUGCAUGAUUUGAUUCAUGAUUUGGCCCAAUUUGCAUCUAGAGAAUUUUGUUUCAGAUUGGAAGUGGGAAAGCAAAAAAACUUUUCAAAGAGGGCUCGACAUUUGUCAUACAUCCAUGAACAAUUCGAUGUCUCCAAGAAAUUUGAUCCCCUUCGUAAGGUUGAUAAGUUACGGACCUUCCUACCAUUAGUUAUGCCUGCAGCUUAUGUUCCAACUUGCUACUUAGCUGAUAAAGUUCUACAUGAUCUAUUGCCAACAUUCAGAUGUUUGCGGGUUUUAUCCUUGUCUCACUAUAAUAUCACUCAUUUACCUGAUUCAUUUCAAAAUUUGAAGCAUUUGCAGUAUUUGAACCUUUCUAGCACCAAGAUAAAGAAGUUACCUAAAUCCAUAGGUAUGCUUUGCAAUUUGCAAUCACUGAUGUUGUCAAAUUGUCAUGGGAUUACCGAGCUGCCUCCUGAAAUCGAAAACCUCAUCCACCUACAUCAUUUGGAUAUUUCUGGAACCAAAUUAGAAGGGAUGCCAAUAGGAAUCAAUAAACUAAAAGAUCUUCGAAGAUUGACUACUUUUGUUGUUGGCAAGCAUAGUGGUGCAAGAAUUGCAGAGUUACAAGAUCUGUCCCAUCUGCAGGGAGCACUCUCCAUUUUUAACUUGCAAAAUGUGGUGAAUGCUACGGAUGCUUUAAAAGCUAAUUUGAAGAAAAAGGAAGACCUUGAUGACUUGGUGUUUGCGUGGGAUCCAAAUGUGAUUGAUAGUGAUUCGGAGAAUCAAACCAGAGUUCUCGAAAAUCUUCAGCCUCAUACCAAGGUGAAAAGGCUCAACAUUCAACACUACUAUGGCAGAAAAUUUCCAAAAUGGUUUGGAGAUCCUUCAUUCAUGAAUUUAGUUUUCUUACGACUUGAAGAUUGUAACAGUUGCUCGUCCUUGCCACCACUUGGGCAGUUACAAUCUCUCAAGGAUCUCCAGAUUGCGAAGAUGGAUGGAGUACAAAACGUUGGUGCAGAUUUCUAUGGGAAUAAUGAUUGUGACUCAUCUUCAAUUAAGCCGUUUGGAUCCCUAGAGAUUCUGAGGUUUGAAGAUAUGUUGGAGUGGGAAAAAUGGAUUUGUUGUGACAUUAAGUUUCCUUGUCUGAAGGAGCUUUAUAUCAAGAAAUGUCCAAAGCUGAAAGGAGAUAUACCUAGGCACCUUCCUCUUUUAACAAAAUUGGAGAUUAGUGAAAGUGGGCAGCUGGAGUGUUGUGUUCCAAUGGCUCCCUCUAUUCGUGAAUUGAUGUUGGAGGAAUGUGAUGAUGUGGUGGUUAGAAGUGUUGGCAAGCUCACCUCACUAGCUUCUUUGGGCAUAAGCAAAGUUUCUAAAAUACCAGAUGAAUUGGGACAACUGCAUUCUCUUGUAAAGUUGUCUGUGUGUCGUUGUCCCGAGCUAAAGGAAAUUCCACCAAUUCUUCACAACCUUACAUCUCUUAAACACUUGGUGAUCGAUCAAUGUAGGAGUCUUUCAUCUUUUCCGGAGAUGGCGCUGCCACCCAUGCUUGAAAGGCUUGAAAUCAGAGACUGUCGCACUCUGGAGUCCCUACCAGAGGGAAUGAUGCAAAAUAAUACGACUCUGCAAUACUUGGAAAUCCGUGAUUGUUGUUCUCUGAGGUCCUUGCCCAGGGACAUUGAUUCAUUGAAGACACUUGCAAUCUACGAGUGUAAGAAAUUGGAGUUAGCACUCCACGAGGAUAUGACGCACAACCACUACGCUUCCCUUACCAACUUCAUGAUAUGGGGUAUUGGUGAUUCUCUGACGUCCUUUCCAUUAGCCUCCUUCACAAAGCUUGAGACGCUUGAAUUAUGGGAUUGUACAAAUCUGGAGUACCUUUACAUUCCAGAUGGACUUCACCACGUGGAUCUCACAUCUCUCCAGAUAUUAUAUAUCGCUAAUUGCCCUAAUCUGGUAUCUUUUCCGCAAGGAGGAUUGCCCACUCCUAAUCUGACAUCUCUUUGGAUAAAAAACUGCAAGAAGCUCAAGUCACUGCCGCAAGGGAUGCACUCCCUCCUUGCAUCCCUUGAAUCAUUGGCAAUAGGAGGUUGUCCAGAAAUUGAUUCAUUUCCAAUAGGGGGUUUGCCCACUAAUCUAUCUGAUCUUCACAUCAAGAAUUGUAACAAACUCAUGGCCUGUCGGAUGGAGUGGCGCUUGCAAACGCUUCCCUUUCUUAGAAGCUUAUGGAUUAAAGGACUUGAAGAAGAAAAAUUGGAGUCAUUUCCUGAGGAGCGGUUUCUGCCCUCCACUCUCACCAUUCUUUCAAUUGAAAAUUUUCCAAAUCUGAAAUCCUUGGACAAUAAUGACCUUGAGCACCUGACCUCUCUUGAAACUCUGUGGAUUGAGGACUGUGAAAAGCUCGAGUCCUUGCCAAAACAGGGAUUGCCCCCCUCCCUUUCUUGUCUUUAUAUUGAGAAGUGUCCUCUGCUGGAGAAGCGAUGCCAAAGGGAUAAAGGGAAAAAAUGGUCCAACAUUUCUCACAUUCCCUGCAUCGUGAUAUUUAAUGAAAAGGAUUUGUCAAUUGAAGAGGUCAACAUGUCAUGAGGCACUUGCAUCCAAACUCUUGCCUUUCUAUGCAAUUAUUAAUUCAGUUUUUUUUAAUACAAUUUUCGAGACAAAAUGUUGGAGGGCAACAAUCAUUUUCUUAGCAGUUCUAUGUUAUAUGGACUGUAAAACUAUUCAUGUCAUGAUGAAUUUUUUAUGCUUGAGUGCAUACAAUCUCGUUAUUGAUCGAGGAGGUUCUCCACCAAACAACUCCAUUCAUAGCUAUAGAGUGCCCUGUUUUCACAUAGGAAUAAGCAAAAACCUGAAUUAACAAAUGUGGGAACAAUUAGCCAAUCUCAUUGGUUUGGUUGCUGAGGAUUGUCUUCUUUAGAGUUUUGACAUUAUGCUUGCUCCUGAAUUCUCCAUGGUGACACCAUCAAUAUCUAUUCCUUGACUUUGCUCCAUGUGAAAGCUUUCAACUCAUUAGAGCAACUACUAAAGGAUUGUACUUGUGGGUUCUUCACAAUCUAAAGGGUAUUAAUUCUUUUCUUGGUCCCCUUGAUUCACAUAUAUAAUUUUAGAGUUAUGGUCACUAGUAUUAGUGUGCAUUUUAGUUUGUUUCAUUUUAUUGUUUUUAAAUCAUUAAUUAAUAUGUAAUGAUCGAUUUUCAUUCACUACUCGCUACAAUUGGGUCUUCAAAUAACAAUCCUACUUGGUUUUUUCCUUUUAAUAUAUCAUUUAUGUGUCUUUUCACUAUUUUUUGUUGGCAACUUCAUUUGCUAUCAGCAUCUCUAAUCUGGAUCAAAUGACUUCUCUUUAUAGAAGUUUGGUUGAUCCAUAAUUAUAAAUUUAUUUUUGAUCCAAAUACACUGUAAAAUUCCAUCUAAUGAAAUAUUUUAAGUCCACAUUAUGUGGUUGUCCUUAAACCUAGGUUCAUCUUUAUUUUAUGCAGCUUCCUCACUGGCAUCACUGAAGGCUUUGGAAGAGG